GAACUUCUUUGCACGUAGAACGAGUGCAGAGAACUAUUGUUGACAAUAAACAUAUUACACGCUUUUUGCAAAAUUUUCUAAGCGCUUGAUUCAUAUACAUGGGCCAGUAUUCUUUUGUGGCCAGAUACUGACUUUUACAGUUUUUGCGUUGGCUGAGGCUGGCUAACAUUUGAGCAUACCGGUGUUUUCACACUACAACAAUAGACUGCUGGGUAUUGUGAUAUCAUUCAAGUACGGUUUUCUUGCCAAUUAUAGUGAUCUUUGCGUUUGCAGACAAGCGCCGUGUACGUGCCAGAAAAAAAUGUUAUGUAAGUUUUUCGAGCUGUGAACGAAAGUAAUUCGUGUCUUGUUCCAAAAUUCGAUAAAGCUUUCUGUUUCGAAAGUUAUUUUGGCAGCGCAAUCUGUAAUAUUAGGCAAGCGAAGAUUCGCAAUCAGUAUAUUUAUCGUGUAAAUAUUAUAAAUACCUGUAUGAACCGUUGAAUAUAGUGUCAGUGAAAUGUGUAUUAGAUUCCAUGACGCAUUACUGUAGCAUACACUAAAAUGGGGUCAGAAACGAGUAAACUACCAGAUCUUGAAAUUGAAGAGAGAAAUGUGGAAGUUACUGCUGACUGGACAAUGCAUAGAGCGCACGUGUAUUCAGAAAAACCUUACAGUGUAUCUUUAUUUGUAUUCGAACCGAGUAAUGACGUGAAUGUGAAGAAGACAGUUCUGUUGGAACGCUGUGCAAAAAAUUUGCUAAAGUACCGCCAUCCAUGCAUAUUGAAGUACAUUUCUUCAUAUUGGUCAAAAGGUUCAUUCUACUUGGCGACAGAAGUAGCAAAACCACUUACUCAUGUACUGCAAAGCCAGUCUCCUUUGCAGAUUUGUGUUGGACUGCAUUCUAUUCUAAAGGCUAUAAAUUUUCUACAUCGGAAGGCACAAGCAAGCCACAAUAAUUUGUGUCGUGCUGCUAUAUAUGUUAGCCCUGAUGGCGUGUGGAAGCUAGGAGGCUUUGAACACAUGUGCCCCUUUUCAAAACUAAGCCAUGCAUUUUUGCAAAAAGCAAGUGAUAGCAGGUAUCAGAAAGCUAUAGCACCAGAGGAGGAGUCACCAGAAAGUUUACUCAGUUUGCCUACUUCAAUUGACCAGUUUGCCUUUGGUGUUCUAGUUGAAGAAGUUCUGAACUGUGAAAGUGAAGAUGAAGUACCAGCCUUGAAAGAGUUCCUUGAACUAGCAAAGACACAGCUUCAGAAUGUGAGACAUACUUCACGUCCUACAUUAUCUACAUUAUUGACUCAUGAUUUCUUCAGUCAUGACUUCAUUAGAGUUUAUAGUUUUCUUGUGGAAUUGCCUGUUAAAACAGAAGAAGAAAAAAAAUCUUUCUUCAGUUGUCUUGUAGACCAACUACUGACAUUUCCAGAAACUCUUGUCGCAAAACAGCUUAGUGGUUUAUUGUUGGCUCGUCUUGUGUUAUUGGAUUCAGCAGCACAGGAAUGCCUUCUUCCUCACAUUUUGCGCCCUAGGAGUGAGAAUGGAGGUAAUGGUCUCCUGUCACCAAAUAUGUACAGACAAUAUAUUGUACCACAGCUAGUACAGAUAUUCUGUGUGCGUGAUGCACAGAUUCGGUUGGUUCUGUUGAAGCAUUUCAAGCACUACUUUCACAUGUUUACUUUGGAACAGUUGAAGAAUCAAAUACUGCCUGAGUUGUUGGUAGGAAUAAAGGAUACAAAUGACCUAUUAGUAACGGCAACACUUUGUGCACUUGCUGAACUGGUUCCUGUACUGGGUGCAGCAGCUGUCAUAGGAGGAAAACGGGCCCGGCUGUUUACUGAUGGUCGGCCACUGGUUGUGGGCCAUCAGUCCAGAGCCACACAGCUACAGUGUGAUCCAAAUGGUAUUACUAGCUGUGAUGUGCAGCUUUCUGAGAGACCUUCCCCUGACGGUGGAGAAGAUCAUAGCUCUUCAGAUGAGGAAACUGCUGUUUGGUCUGACUGGGAAAACAAUGGAGAGAUUAAUGUUCCAGAUUCUGUAUUAGAAGAGAAACCAAAGCCAUCCACUAGGCAUCAAGAGAAACCAUCACAGACAUUACAUGAUAUCUCGUUCCUGGAUAUUAAAAGUGCCCCUACCAGCAGUCAAGAUGAAUUCAACUAUUUCCAGGAUAUGGAGCCAGUAAUAUCGAAGCCACCUGUUGCACAGAUAGAUCAGGACAUUGAACAUGGUAUGCAGACUCAUGGGGUUACUUCCAGGCUCUUUGCUGUUGAUACUUCAGAGCAUGAUAAGUGGUUGGCCGAAAGUGACGGUUGGGGUGAUGACAUAGUUGACUGGGACAACAAUGAAAGUCACAAAGAUGACCUAGAAAAUACAAUUGUGACUUAGUUACAAAACAAAUGAAAACAUAGUUUUGUAAAUGUAUGUUGUGCUACAAAUAAAACCUCCAGAUGUAAUGAC